AUGAGUGAUGUUGAGCAUCUUUUCUUGUGUUUGUUAGCCAUCUGUAUGUCUUCUUUGGAGAAAUGUCUGUGUAGUUCUUUGGCCCAUUUUUUGAUUGGGUGGUUUAUUUUUCUGGAAUUGAGCUGCAGGAGUUGCUUGUAUAUUUUUGAGAUUAAUUCUUUGUCAGUUGCUUCAUUUGAUAUUAUUUUCUCCUAUUCUGAAGGCUGUCUUUUCACCUUGCUUAUAGUUUCCUUUGUUGUGCAAAAGCUUUUAAGUUUAAUUAGGUCCCAUUUGUUUAUUUUUGCUUUUAUUUCCAAUACUCUGGGAGGUGGGUCACAGAGGAUCUUGCUGUGA